UCUCGAGUGUAUUUGCUUUGGAAGAAUAAAUCACCUCUAAUGUUGGGUGUCCUACAUUUUCUGCAUUAUUUUAGAAUGGGGUGCCUCAGGACUGUCCAUAAUUUUAAAGGGUGCCUUAGGACUGUCCAUAAUUUUAAAGGGUGCCUCAGGACUGUCCAUAAUUUUAAAGGGUGCCUCAGGGCUGUCCAUAAUUUUAAAGGGUGCUCAAGACUGUCCUUAAUUUUAAAGGGUGCUUCGGGACUGUCCAUAAUUUUAAAGGGUGCCUCAAGACUGUCCAUAAUUUUAAAGGGUGCCUCGGGACUGUCCAUAAUUUUAAAGGGUGCCUCGGGACUGUCCAUAAUUUUAAAGGGUGCCUCGGGACUGUCCAUA